AUGACAGUGGGAAGAGAACCUAUCAGCAACAUUGACGAAAUCAUGCAAGUUCACAAGGGAAGACAUAUUUCGCCAGAGUAUCUGAGGAGCAACAUGUUUCAACUAAACGAUUUAUUCUCGAUACCACAAGCAUGUCUGUUGAGUGAUGUGGUACAGUACUUUCGAGACCACAAUAUGAACUUCCAUCCUCGCUAUUUGUCUGAUGAUGUCAGUACGGCUGCUCGUAUCCUUCACACAGGUGCGCAUGGUAUUGGAGGUACACUCCACAUUGACGUUAUGAAGGACCUGUCUUGUUACCUGGAAAGAGCACCGAAAUUGGUUGGCUAUCUCGAGAAUUUACGCAAAAGAGGAAAAAAGACAUUUCUGUUGACAAACAGCACCAAUGCAUUUAUAUCAAAGGGAAUGAGCUACUUGACAUCAAGUGACGAUUGGAGAGAUCUGUUUGAUUGUGUGAUUGUGUCAGCGAGGAAACCCGAAUUCUAUAACUCACAUCGCCCUUUUCGAAGAGUGCAAGAACCAAACUGGGACAAAGUCAACUCAUUUGAGCCAGGAGAAGUGUAUCAAGGAGGCAAUAUGAAGGAUUUUGCUAAAUUAACAGGCUGGACUGGCGGUAAAGUGCUUUACUUUGGCGAUCAUGUAUUCUCUGAUCUUGUGGAGGCAUCGAUGCAGCAUGGCUGGCACACAGGAGCUAUUAUCCACGAGCUGGCAGAGGAGAUCGAGAUCAGAAAUCAACCCUCUUAUAGACACACGCUAUCAUGGCUAUUGCAGCUAGAGAAACUAUUGAAUGAAGCCCAAUCAUGGCGCAAAGACUAUCACAUUGAUGACUUAGAUUCCCUCAUUUCCGAGUGGAGAGCAGAAAGAAAGCAAGUGAGAAUCAAGCUAAAGACAGCAUUUAAUCAUUCAUUUGGAAGUGUGUUUCGAACACAUCAAAAUCCAUCCUUCUUUGCCAACAAGAUUAGAAAGUUUGCAGAUAUUUACAUGUCAAAUGUCACUAAUCUGGAUAGAAUUGACAUGGAUUACGUAUUUUAUCCAAACCGAACUUAUCUCCCCCACGAGCAAAAGAUUGAGGAACUCAUCGAUACUGCAGGAGAUAAAGUGAAUGAAUACUUGUAA